AUCAAUGAAGUAAUAAGAGAAAGGUUGAUAUACAAAGUUAUGCGACUGGCUGCAGACGAAAAUGUUGACUGAGAAACUAGGAACGAUAUACUCUGUAAUAAUUUUGUUGAGAGUUGGAAGUCGCUGAGUAGCUAUGUUUGAUUAAUUUUAGAAAGACAGAAUCACAAUGUCAAGGGUUUAUGAUAGCUGGGAGAAAUUGGUCGGUGCUGUUCUCGACAGGGAGGAGCUCCGCCGACUUGCUCUUUGCGACAGCUUCACCACCUCCAAUUAUUCCGAUCACAGCUCGCGCUUCAGUUUCGACUCCUCCGCUGCAUCUUCCGGACGUAACAAUUUCUCGUACCCCAUUGCACGGCCCAUAGAGUUGAAAGAGAUUAGAAAAGCGACAGAAAACUUUCGACCAGCCAUGUUCAUAGGGCAAGGAGUCAUGUGUCAAGCUUUUAGAGCAUGGAUUGAUGAGCACGCCCUCGUUGCUUCAAAGCCUGGAUCUGGAAUGGCUGUUACAGUUAAGAAAUGGUGUAAUUACUUGGAAAGACAUCAGGAUUGGUUGAAGAAAAUCGAUUACUUGGUGCAACUUCGUCAUCCAAAAUUGGUUAACCUUGUUGGGUACUGUACGGAGGAAGACAACAUGAUGUUGGUGUACGAGUUCAUGCCCAACGGAAGCUUGAGUGAUCACUUGUUCACAACUCAAAACCAAUCACUUCCUUGGACAAGGAGAAUCAGAGUUGCUCUAGAUGUUGCUAGAGGGCUGUGCUACUUGCACGACAGAGAUAGACCAAUCAUACACCGAGAUUUCAAGCUUGAUAACAUUUUUCUAGAUUGGGAACUGAAUGCCAAGCUAUCUAACUACAGUUACGGUACAGAUGAUCCUACUGGUGAAAAGGCUUGCGUGGGAACUCAUCAAGUAUUCGUUGCACACGGCUAUACUGCACCUGAAUAUACAUUGAAAGGUCACCUGACUACAAAGUCGAACGUAUACACCUUUGGAGUUGUUCUACUAGAAUUGCUGUCUGGCACUCUAGCAUCAAAUCUGAACUUGGGAAAAUCGUAUUUUGGUACAAAGUCAAGAUUGUUGCAGAUUAUCGACGUCAGAUUAGGCGGCCAGUAUUCUCAUGAUGCAGCGUAUGAAGUUGUGAAGCUGGCGUUGAAGUGCCUUAACCAAGAUCCAAAAGCAAGGCCAAGAAUGGCUGAUGUUGUGGUUGCACUACAGCAGCUCCAAGGCCACGAGCCUGUACAAUAAGCAGCAGCCUACACGGCCAAUACCUCCCGUGAUGGCUUAGUGUAUGGUUGCAGAGUUAGCUCGCCAUUGCCUGAGCACGGGACCAACGAAUGCCCGUAAACUGUCACCAACGGAGAACGCGAUCUUCAACUGUGUCACAAAUGGAGGCCUCGAUUUCUCCGACGACUUGAAGAUGAAAUAUCUGGAAAAGAAUUUAUUAGUAUUAGUGAUUGUUGUGUAGCUGAAAAGAAUGUUAACCAUUUAACAGUAGUAUUUGAUUUAUUUUCUGGAAUCUUAUGUCAACCUAUAUAGAAUAAAAUGUGUAUAAGAUUGAAUAUGAAAUUGCUGGUUUCUCAACUAGCUACCUGUUUAUCAAAUUCAAGCUACAAACAAGCAAGAUUCUACUG